CUGAUACAGUUACACGGGAAGAGACAGCCAGAGACUGUUACAUUGCCUGAUACUGUUACAUAGGAAGAGACAGCCAGAGACUGUUACAGAGGAAGAGACACCCAGAGACUGUUACACUGCCUGAUACUGUUACAUAGGAAGAGACAGCCAGAGACCAUUACACUGCCUGAGACUGUUACAUAGGAAGAGACAGCCAGAGACCAUUACACUGCCUGAGACUGUUACAGAGGAAGAGACAGCCAGAGACCAUUACACUGCCUGAGACUGUUACAGAGGAAGAGACACCCAGAGACUGUUACAUUGCCUGAUACUGUUACAUAGGAAGAGACAGACAGAGACUUUUACACAGGAAGAGACACCCAGAGACUGUUACACUGCCUGAUACUGUUACAUAGGAAGAGACAGCCAGAGACUGUUACAUAGGAAGAGACAGCCAGAGACUGUUACAUAGGAAGAGACAGCCAGAGACUGUUACACUGCCUGAGACUGUUACAUAGGAAGAGAAAGCCAGAGACCGUUAAACUGCCUGAGGCUGUUACAUAGGAAGAGACACCCAGAGACUUUUACACAGGAAGAGACAGCCAGAGACUGUUACAUAGGAAGAGACAGCCAGAGACUGUUACAUAGGAAGAGACAGCCAGAGACUGUUACAUAGGAAGAGACAGCCAGAGACUGUUACAUAGGAAGAGACAGUCAGAGACUGUUACACUGCCUGAUAUUGUUACAUGGGAAGAGACAGAAACUGUUUCACUGCCUGAGACUGUUACAUAGGAAGAGACAGCCAGAGACUGUUACAUAGGAAGAGACAGCCAGAGACUGUUACACUGCCUGAUAUUGUUACAUGGGAAGAGACAGAAACUGUUUCACUGCCUGAGACAGCCAGACACUGUUACACUGCCUGAGACUGUUACAUAGGAAGAGACAGCCAGACACUGUUACACUGCCUGAGACUUUUACAUAGGAAGAGACAGCAAGAAAUUGUUACAGAACUUGAGACAUAAAAAGGAGACCGUUGCAUAGUAAGAGACAUCCUGAGCCUGCAAGAAAAGAUUCUGCCAGGGACACCAUCAUCCAACCAAGGAUAUCAUCAUCCAGCCAGGGAUAUCCUCACCCAACCAGGGAUAUCACACCCAGCCAGGUAUAUCAUCACCCAGCAAGGGUAAUGCUCAGCCUAUAAUGUGCACUAAGGAUGGGAAAUGUGCAACCUGAGUCUGUGUGUUUUGGACCAGAAAACUCAAACUGCCAAUACCUAGAGUUAAAUGACAGCAGACAAGACAGGACAAACCAUGAAGAGUCUUCUGCUUUGAAUCCAUUUUGUAACAGUAUGGUUGCUGAAGGACAACUAACGUCCAGGAAUUUCGAGGUACCUGACAUGGGAAAGAAAAUUAGCAAAAACAUGGUGUUUAAGAAAUGCAAUACAAAGGAAAAAAACAAAGAUUCAUCAAUAGAACAUAUUCCACCAAAAUGUCAAAGGCAGACUGACGUGAAGUGCACCAAAGCUGAGUCAAGACCAUCGCACACCGUAAUCAAUCAUCAAAAAAGCAGCUUUCAGAAUCAGGAUCCACAGAGAGGGUCAACUGAGAAGGAGCAGGGUGGGUCCAUUAAGCCGCCACACACAGAAAUGGGCAAAAGCAUAAAAGACAGUGCAGAUGACAAGACAAGGAAUCCAGGAGAAUUGCCAGGUAUGGAUAAGUGUGGAAAACAGCAUUUCCCAAAUUGUUCAUUAGACAAACCUACAGGUGAGAUCCAGAUCUCAAAGACAUUUUCUGCAAUUCCACAAUCUGCUCAGCUACCACAAAAUGCCCCAAGCUGUAAAAAGCAACAGCAUCUUGAACCGCAGCCUUCACAGGUUCUCUGGCUAAUGCAGAAUUCAAGGACAGACAAUUCCAUGACUCCUUCAGAUAAUGUCCUGAUUAGUCACAGAGGGAUACCAUUGGAUGGCAAGGCUGUUCCUGAUAACAUGGUCACAGACAUGAAUAUAAAAGCUCCCAUGUCAAACAAUGGUCCCAUCAUAGCAAACGAAAUGAGUCAGCCCUCUAAAAAUAUCCCAGAUAAUCCUAUCUCACUCAAACCAUCAGCUAUAUGUCAGACAAAGUUCAGUGUUAUGCCGCCAAUGAAUAUGACUGAUUUUCAGUUUGGUGGAAACUUUAAAGUGCAAAUGGACAAGGAAGCACAUAGCUUUAAUUUCACAAGACAGUCUCCAAACAAAUCCAAAUCUAUAAAAUCAAAACAGAUAAAGAAUGUUCUCCAGAGAAUCCAACCACCAAAUGACAAUCUUUCUUUACCCAGUUUCUCUUUUACCGAUGCUUUUAUACCAGGUUCACAUGUAAAAUGUUCACAAUGGUCCAAAGAUAAUACCUGCCCAUUAUGUGAAAAUCUGGAGUUAUCAAACCUUAAAUCCUCUGUUAAAGUAGACAUGCCAAAGAAGGCAAAAGUAUUCAAAAAUGCUAAUACAAGCACUUCAGAGUUAGAAAUACCAUUACAGGUUGCAAUGGUGGAUUCUUCCUGCCAGACAUCUGAAGACAUGUAUAUUACAAAGAGUCAAGUGAAGACCAAAUGCAAACAGCCAUCAUCAAAACCCCCCAAAAAAGAAACAGACCUUCAACUUCCAGAUAUUUCCAGUACAACUCCAUCAAUCCUAGAAUUCAAAGGGGAAAUGCCCAAGUCUGAUUUGAGUACACGUCCUAAAAUCCCAUCACCUCAAUGCCAUGAUUCUUUCAACACAAAGGAAAAGCCAACAGACUUUAUACAGGGACCAUCAGACCAGUUAACAAAACACACUGUAAUUGAUGUAGGUCAAGGUAGAAAAACACCCAGACCUAAAUGUCCGACUCUAGAGAAACCACUGCAGCGUACACCUGAAAAGCUUCAAGAGUUGAAAAAGGUUAAUUUUGUUGAAGAUAAGUCACAAAUGACCUCAAAGAGUCGUCCUGUGAAAAGCAAAAUAUUGGCCCAGUGGCCUUGUCCCGUUCUGGCUCCUGCCACUGUGAAGUCCUCCAAGCAAAUAAAUGCAAAGGCACAAUAUAAAAUAAAUGAAUUGACACAGCAUACUGGUGAUAAGGCGCCGGCCGCCGCUCCUCCAGGUGCUAAAGAAUACAUAAUGCCAGCUAAAACAGAAACUACAAAGCCAGCUCAGAAAAUGGCUAAGGCUGGGAUUGUACUCUCACAAGAACCCACCCAUUUAAUUAGUGAGAGCCCAAAAUAUCAAUCUGUGAACGUGAAAGCUAAUCGUCAAUGUAAAAAACCAAGAGCAUCCUCCAAGAACUCAAAGCAUAAUCUAAUCAUUCGUCAGUCUUCUAAAAAUAUUAGUGACAGCAGUCCUCAAAACACUCCAAGUGCUCUCGCUGAGGAUCAACCAAAGGACGUCAUGGAGAACAUUCCUACUAGUAAGCUGUCUAACCAUAAGACACCUCAGGAUAUUACCAAAUGUCAAAGAGAGGACGUUUUGGGUGCAAGACUGGAACAAAAAGAGCCCCAGAGAUGGGAGAACUUCCAGGUGGACACUGCUUGUAGUAUGAAACCACAGCGUAAAGUAAAUCUCCCCCCUAAUGUGGAAGCCUGGCUUUCAGUGUCACAGAACUGGCUUGCAGAACCAGUUUGGAUCACUACAUUGAAACUCGCAUCAUCGCUGGUCACAGGAACCCGGCUGUGGAUGGAUCAUUGGGAAGUGGAAGACAGAAAAGGCAACAUAAAGGAGCACUGGGGGUAAAAUAGAGUGAUCACAUGCAGCAUAUGAAUUAUUAGAAUGGGGGGCAGUUUUCCUAUAAAAUGACCAUGUCACCAUCAGGUCCCAAGUUUGUGUUUUCUGAUGUAAAGUGUCUUUGUAUUGUUUGCACCGAGGGACAGAUACCUGGAUACCAAGUGCAGUAUAAAAUCAGAGUAAAACAUUUUCCAAUA